CAUUAGUUAAACUUAACUAAUUAUAAAAAAAUGUGUGUUUUUCAGAUGUUCUCACACAUUUCCGGAGCCCACGUUAAUUCUGCAGUGACCAUAGCCGCUUUGAUCAUGGGUAAAAUCGACAUAAUCACCUUUCAGUUUUACAUUGUGGCUCAAUGCUUGGGUGCUUUGGUCGGUUACGGUCUCCUUUGGGCUUUGCUAGGAAUCACCGCGGAAUCACCACAAAUUCUCUACUGUCACACCACGAUAUUUAUGGUAACCGAAGUGCAGGCUCUUUUCAUCGAGUUCAUUGCAACGAUGCUACUGUGUUUAGCUGUGAGCGGUCUGUGGGAUGAAAAUAACGAUAACAGGGGAGAUUCGAUUCCAAUUAAAAUAGGACUUAUUUUGACUGGUUUGAUCAUUGCUACUGCUAACUAUACUGGAGCAAGUUUCAACACGUUCAGAUCUCUUGCGCCGGCCGUAUUUUAUAAUGAAUGGGAGCAUCACUGGAUCUACUGGGUUGGUCCAAAUCUCGGUGGAGCCCUCGGAGCCUUGAUCUACAGAUUCCUGUUGCAGUCGAAAUAGAAUAGUAAAGAGAUUCAAUCGAUCACAAUAAAGUUGUUUACUAUUUA